AUGUUUCAGUCCUUUACCGGAAGCUCUCGUCGUCCACGGCAGGUGAAUCUAAGUGGCCGCACCAACAAUCCUUUCGCUGCAUUCCCCGGAAAUUCUCCUUCCCGACAGGCUCCGCAUGCCUCGAACCCACAAAGUGCUGUUGCCAUUGCACAGCAAGAGCGGAUGCAAAGACAGCGGGACAGAGAUAAACAGAAUGCAGUCCGGGUCAUCCAGCGAGUGUGGCGGGGCCACAGCAGCAGGAGGACUACACAUAAUGCGUGGAGAUCGGAGUGGGAUACCAACGAGCGGGCUAUGGCAGAUGCCAUGGGUGUCGCUUUUGUAGCUGAAGGUGGCUCGGAGAAUUUGGCAUUCUCCUCACGUCGCCCUGCACCGUAUGCCACAGCAGAUCAAUGUCUGGGCCAGCUUCGGCUUCUGGUCCAGUUUAUAUCAGCGAGGAGGCAGGAUGAUGUCUCGCGACUGGUAUAUUUUGUCGAUGCAUUCGAACAGACCUUGCGAACUUUACCUACGAUUGCUACUGAAGGCGAAUGGACUAAGCUCCUCAAACGACUGGCUCUAGCUGUGCUGCGUGCGUUGAACUCUGCAUCGACUUCUAGUGGUCCUUCCACUGCUAUCGAGCCUUUACUCCGAGGAGCGGUUUUCCUCGCCGAACUGAUCCCUAAGCAAAUGGCUGUUAGUGCCGAUAGCUAUUACGAUGCUAUGGCUUUCUUGACAAUCAAUCUGUCAAAUACGGAUUCGUCCGUCUCACAAAGGUUUACUCUCAGUCAUAAAAGUAUUAAGGACGCUGUCCUGGCUCUUUUAAGGCCCAUUACUUCGGAAACCAUGUCGGCAUACGAAUCCUUUGCUACCUCGUUUCUCACCAUACCAGACCUUGAGAGAUAUUUGGGGAAGCUGGAUGAUUUGGCCAACCAGAUUAACUAUCGCAUGCUUGCACUAGCUGUUUCGUCUAGGCUCAAAUCAACUGCCAAGGGUUCUCGCACCUUGGAUGACAUGCAGGCUCGCACUUGGUUGUUUUCAUACUUGAUCUUCUUUCAUCGAUAUGCUUUGGGUAGCGAUGCCCAUGUUCGACCACCGGAGCUGGAGUUUGUGAGUGUGAUUUCUGAUCUGCUCACAUCCACGGCGACUUAUCUCAUGCAAGGCCUGGAGGCGGAAGAUCCAAGUGAAUUGGACUCGUCAACAGGCGUGCGACCAUUACACCCGUUCAUCAAGGAGCAACUCACGGGCCUUGUGAACCAAAGUAGCGUUACUGGACUUCUUUCUCCUAUUCGAUCAUCCCGUUUGACACAGUCCGAAAUGACGAGCAGCGAGUCUGAUGCAUCAAAGGAAGCCCAGGUUCUUGCUACAUACGCAUUGAAUUUGCUGAGGAUCUUCCCUCGCCGGGGAGAUGAUAUUCGAAUGUGGCUGUAUCUGGGCUCGGCUCCGUCAGGGCAGCACAUGUCCGGCCAACCGGAUGCAAAGGUGCCUGCGAUCAAAUAUUUCUGGCAAGCAUCUAGAUCCAGUCGCGUCUUUCAAGUAAUUAGCAGUGACUCCACCAAAGUGCUUCCGUUACUGCAAUCAUACGAGGACACCAAAGAGCCUGCCCAGCUAUCCCAGAACCAUCGGGAUCAAGAGUGGACUACCAUACUCCUUUUCCUUGAACUUUAUACAUUUGUUUUGAAAGUCAUGGAUGACGACGAGUUCUUCUCUAGCACAUCUUCCUUCACAUCUUCAGAUGAUGACAAAAUUUCAUGGACAAGGGAGAGUGCCUUACCUUUGGAAGAUGUCAAGGACAUGACAGUUUUUCUCAAAAACUUGGCGUUCACUCUUUACUGGAAUGCUGUCGAUUUGAGUGAGCCAGAGCUUCGACCCACUGCAGUCAGCUUGAGCAGUUACUUCAGCAACACUGGUCAAACCUCUAAUUCUAAUCCUUUCCCGAGCACAAAGGAACUGGAAGCAAAAAGCCAAACGACCUACCUCCCCGGCGUCACUGGAAUUCCGCUUGAGUACUUCAAAGGGCUGGUAACAGGCUUGCUUCGGAUGUUACAUGAACGAGAUUCUCGUCGAAAAUUCCUACCCAAGGACCAUUGGCUUAUGACCAGUCGCUUCGACAUGGAAGGGUUCAUAUCCUCUGUUGUCGCGGAAGAAGAGAAAAGGCACGAAUUUCAAACACAGGCCGAUGAUUCGGAGGACGUUGAUCUUGUGAACGAGGAGACUGAUCGAUCCAACGAGCCAUCCGGGUUGGCAGGAACUGGUCGUGCUCAGCAGAACAUUCGAUUUGAAGCAUUGAGAAGAAACCAGCAGCGAGCUGCUCGUGGACGAAUUCUGGCGGCUAUUGCACCCAGGCUAGAGAUUCUUCGAAACAUGCCGUUCUUCAUUCCCUUCGCCACCAGAGUCCAAAUAUUCCGUGAAUUUAUCCACCAUGACCAAUAUCGCCGCCGAAAUGGAUUUGUGGAACCUGAUGCUUGGCGCGUAUCCGUCGCCCAGAUUGCAAUGAUAAAUGGUCAUCAGCAAGGUGUGCAGGACGUUCUUGCCCGACAUCAGGCAGAGAUUCGACGAGAGCAUAUCUUUGAUGAUGCAUUGGGCCAAUUUUACCAAUUGGGUGACGGUCUGAAAGAACCGAUCCAAAUCAGUUUCAUUGACCGUUUCGGAUCCAUGGAAGCGGGUAUUGAUGGUGGUGGCGUUACAAAGGAGUUUCUGACCAGCAUCACGAGUGAAGCAUUCAAGACCGAGGAUGGCUUCAACAUGUUUGCAGAGAACGAUCAGCAUCUUUUGUAUCCCAAUCCCACCGCUGUUGAACAGUGUAAAGAACUGAUGCGAGAGAACCAGGUGACGGAGCAGAGCGCGGAAUGGACAGGAAACAUCCGAGAGCUGCUCCGCCGAUACGAGUUCCUUGGACGUAUCAUUGGUAAAUGUCUGUAUGAAGGAAUCCUUGUUGACGUUAAUUUUGCGCCUUUCUUCCUCCUGAAAUGGGCGUUGACUGGUGGCAGUGGAUCUGCCUUGAAAGAGUCCUCCUACCGGGCCAAUAUCAAUGAUUUGAAGGACCUUGAUGCAGGCCUGUACCAGGGUCUGUUGAAACUUAAGAACUACUCUGGCGAAGUUGAGGACUUCGCUCUCGACUUUACCGUCACUGAUACCAUUCCGAUGCCGGGAUCAAACGAUCGUAUGGUCACAAAAGAGCUGAGACCGGAUGGCUCGAACAUUCCUGUCACGAACCAAAAUCGCUUGGUUUACAUCUCCUAUAUCGCACGAUACCGCCUACAGGCGCAACCAGCGCAGCAAACCAACGCCUUCCUUCAAGGAUUAGGACAGAUCAUCCAACCCUCUUGGCUGUCUAUGUUCAACCAGUCUGAACUGCAGACUCUAGUCAGUGGGGAGACAGGUGACAUCGACGUGGAAGAUCUGCGACGCAACACGCAGUAUGGCGGAGUAUAUGUCAUCGGUGAUGAUAACCAGGAGCACCCGACCAUUCAAUUAUUCUGGAAGGUGCUGCACGAGAUGAACACCGACGAAAAGCAGAAGGUGUUGCGGUUUGUGACAUCUACUCCCCGAGCUCCGCUGCUUGGAUUCAGCCAUCUCCACCCGCGAUUCAGUAUCCGAGACUCAAGUGAUGACCAGGAGCGAUUGCCAAGUACAAGUACGUGUGUGAACUUGCUGAAGUUGCCACGGUACUCGAAUGCUGAGAGGCUCCGAACAAAGCUGUUAUAUGCGAAAACCCUCGAAAAUUCAAAUCCCUAUCUUAUCUCCCCCUCCAUUGUGCGGUGUGUCGAACUUCUUUCACCCGUUCUUCCAGUAAAAAAGAAAAUCAGUCAACAUGUCUGCCGAAGCCACUACUACCCCCCUGUCGCUGACAGCAAUGCCAACGGCACCACCCCCGAGGCUAACGGUGCUCCCGCCGCUGCCGCCGCCGUCGAGACCGCCGGCGAGGGUGCCAAUGCUCAGCCUCACUCCGCUUCGCUCUACGUUGGUGAGCUCGACCCCUCUGUGACUGAGGCUAUGCUCUACGAGCUGUUCUCUUCCAUUGGCCAGGUUGCCUCCAUCCGUGUCUGCCGUGACGCCGUCACUCGCCGUUCGCUCGGUUAUGCCUACGUCAACUACAACAACACCGCCGAUGGUGAGCGUGCUCUGGAGGACCUGAACUACACCCUGAUCAAGGGCAAGCCCUGCCGUAUCAUGUGGUCCCAGCGUGACCCUGCUCUGCGCAAGACUGGCCAGGGCAACGUUUUCAUCAAGAACCUGGACAACGCCAUUGACAACAAGGCCCUGCACGACACCUUUGCUGCCUUCGGUAACAUUCUGUCCUGCAAGGUCGCCCAGGAUGAGUUCGCCAACUCCAAGGGUUACGGUUUCGUCCACUACGAGACCGCCGAGGCUGCCAACAACGCCAUCAAGCACGUUAACGGCAUGCUUCUGAACGACAAGAAGGUCUUCGUCGGCCACCACAUCUCCAAGAAGGACCGCCAGAGCAAGUUCGAGGAGAUGAAGGCCAACUUCACCAACAUCUACGUCAAGAACCUUGACACCGAGAUCCCUGAUGAGGAGUUCCGCAUCAUGUUCGAGAAGUUCGGUGAGAUCACCUCCGCCACCCUCAGCCACGACCAGGACGGCAAGAGCCGUGGUUUCGGUUUCGUCAACUACUCCACCCACGAGGCUGCGCAGGCCGCCGUCGACGAGAUGAACGAGAAGGACAUCAAGAGCCAGAAGCUCUACGUUGGUCGUGCCCAGAAGAAGCACGAGCGUGAGGAGGAGCUCCGCAAGCAGUACGAGGCCGCCCGUCUUGAGAAGGCCUCCAAGUACCAGGGUGUCAACCUCUACGUCAAGAACCUGACUGAUGAUGUUGAUGACGAGAAGCUCCGCGAGCUCUUCGCCUCCUACGGAACCAUCACCUCUGCCAAGGUCAUGCGCGACAGCCUGACCGACCGCUCUCCCAGCCCCGACUCCGAGGAGAAGGAGGCCGAUCAGGAGACCGAGGCCAAGGAGGAGAAGACCGAGGAGAAGAAGGAGGAGACUGAAGAGAAGACUGAGGAGAAGUCUGAGGAGAAGACUAAGGAAACUGAGGAGGAGGGCGAGAAGGGCGAGAAGAAGCUCCUUGGCAAGAGCAAGGGCUUCGGUUUCGUCUGCUUCAGCAGCCCCGAUGAGGCCUCCAAGGCUGUCACUGAGAUGAACCAGCGCAUGGUCAACGGAAAGCCCCUUUACGUCGCCCUCGCCCAGCGCAAGGAUGUCCGCCGCAGCCAGCUCGAGGCCAGCAUCCAGGCCCGCAACACCAUCCGUCAGCAGCAGGCUGCUGCUGCCGCUGGUAUGCCCCAGCCUUACAUGCAGCCCGCUGCCGUCUACUACGGCCCCGGCCAGCAGGGCUUCAUUCCCGGUGCUCAGCGUGGUGGUAUGCCCUUCCCUCCCCAGCCCGGCAUGGUUAUGGGAAUCCCUGGUGGACGUCCCGGCCAGUACCCUGCUGGUUUCCCCGGUCAGCAGGGUGGCCGCGGUAUGGCUCCUCCCCCUAACUUCCAGGGUAUGCCCAUGGGUAUGCAAGUUCCCGGCGGUGUUCCCAACGGUAUGGGUUACCCCAUGCAGGGCCAGUUCGGUCGUGGCGCGGGUGGCCGUGGUCAGGUCCCCGGAAUGCCCAUGGGUAACAUGCGUGGUGGUGCUGGCUUUGGCCGUGGUGGUCCUCAGAUGGGUCGUGGCCGUGGUCAGCCCGCUCCUGCCGGUCAGCCCGCCCAAGAGGCCUCUAACGCCUCCGGUAUCAACCACCAGGUCUUCGCCGCUGCUCCCCCUAACCAGCAGAAGCAGAUGCUUGGUGAGGCUCUCUACCCCAAGAUCCAGGCCCAGCAGCCAGAGCUUGCUGGUAAGAUCACUGGUAUGCUCUUGGAGAUGGAUAACACUGAGCUCCUUGGACUGCUCGACGAGGAGGAUGCUCUUCGCGCCAAGGUCGAUGAGGCCAUUAACGUCUAUGAUGAGUAUAUGAAGAACAAGGGUACCGAGGGUGAGUCGGCUGCCGAGACCAAGCCCCAGGAGGCCCCCAAGGAGGCUUCCUCGGAGGAGAACAAGUCCUAA